CUUAUGGCAAAGUAUUCCUAGUCAAAAAAAUUCGUGGAGGGGAUAAGGAGAGGUUAUAUGCCAUGAAAGUAUUGAAAAAAGCCAGCAUUGUACAGAAAACAAAGACCACAGAGCACACAAAGACGGAACGCCAGGUCUUAGAAGUCAUUCGCCAGUCACCAUUCCUGGUCACCCUUCACUAUGCAUUCCAAACAGAUGCCAAGCUUCACCUUAUACUUGACUAUGUGAAUGGAGGUGAGUUAUUUACUCAUCUGUACCAGCGUGAACAAUUCAGGGAACCAGAGGUGAAGAUCUACAUCGGAGAGAUAGUGCUGGCCUUGGAGACUCUGCAUAAGCUGGGCAUCAUCUACAGAGAUAUAAAGUUAGAGAAUAUUUUACUCGACAAGGACGGGCAUGUGGUUUUAACAGAUUUUGGACUGAGCAAGGAAUUUUUGCCUCAUGAAAAAAGCCAGAGAACUUACUCAUUUUGUGGCACUAUAGAGUAUAUGGCCCCUGAGGUGGUCAGAGGAGGAACUGUGGGACACAACUUUACGGUGGACUGGUGGUCACUAGGUGUCCUCACUUAUGAACUGUUAACAGGAGCCUCACCUUUUACAGUAGAUGGGGAGAAAAAUUCUCAAUCAGAAAUUUCAAAACGUAUACUGAAAUGUCAGCCACCAAUGCCAAGAGAGUUUUCUCCUGAAGUGAGAGAUUUUAUUCUGAAGCUUUUGACAAAAGAUCCCAAGAAACGGCUCGGUGCUGAUGGAAGUGAAGAUGUGAAGGCUCACCCAUUCUUCAAGAACAUCAAUUGGGAUGACCUAGCUAAUAAGUUGAUAGCAGCUCCAUUUAAACCUAAGAUCAAACACGAUGAGGACACUAGUAAUUUCUCUGAGGAAUUCACUACCAUGAUUCCAGCUGAUUCUCCUGCUGUGGUGCCAAUGGAUGCUGAGAAAAUAUUCAAGGGUUACUCCUAUGUUGCACCAUCAAUACUCUUUGGGCAGAAUGUCUUCACAGAGAAUUUCCUGAAGCCCAGUCUAGAGAAUAGACCACAAGACAAAGCAAUUGGCUUAGCUAGUCAGUUCAGGACUUCGCUGUUCUUCCAAAACUAUGACUUGGAUGUAACAAAUACCGGUUUGUUAGGUGAUGGAAGUUUCUCAGUCUGCAGGAAAUGCUAUUUAAAAAAGACCGGCACUGAGAGAGCAGUUAAAAUAAUAAGUCGCAGGAUGGAUGCUAGCAGGGAGAUCAACCUACUGAAAUUAUGCCAGGGACAUCCCAAUAUAGUAGAACUGCAUGAUGUUUUCCAGGAUGAGUUACAUACUUACCUAGUUCUAGACUACCUCAGGGGCGGAGAGCUACUGGAGAGGAUCAAGAAGAAAGAUAGAUUUACGGAAACGGAAGCUAGUCAAAUAAUGAGGAAAGUGGUGUCUGCUGUGCAGUUUAUGCACUCUAAAGGGGUUGUCCACAGAGAUCUCAAGCCUGAGAACUUGCUUUUCCAAGAUGAAAGUGAGCUUGCGAAUAUCAAAAUUGUUGACUUUGGCUUUGCACGAUUGAAGCCAGAGAAUCAGACAAUGAUGACGCCUUGUUUCACUCUCCAUUAUGCUGCACCUGAAGUGCUGAAGACGACAUCCAAUAAUAACAAUGGAAGUGGUUAUGAUGAAUCUUGUGACCUCUGGAGUUUAGGAGUUAUUCUUUACACUAUGCUGUCAGGCAAGGCUCCAUUUCAAACUGACAGCAAAGAUGAAAGGGCAGCAAGUAUAAUGCACAAAAUAAAGGAAGGUGAAUUUACAUUUUCUGGGCAAGAGUGGAAUAUGGUGUCAGAGGAGGCAAAGAAACUAAUAAAAGGCCUCCUAACUGUAGACCCAAGGCGACGUAUCUCAAUGCGCGAGUUGAUUCGCAGUAAGUGGCUGAGAGGCAAUGAUGACAAGAUAUUCUCAGAAACUCCACUGAUGACACCAGAUAUUCUUACCUUGUCCAGUGGCCACAUUAAUUUCCAGCUUCAUGCAACCAUGGAUGCUUUCCACAUGGCAGCCAGGGAGGGUUUCCGGCUCCAGGAUGUGGCAAAGGCGCCCCUGGCACAGAGAAGGAAACUUAAGAAGAGUUCUAAUGAUGCUAGGAGCAGUUCCAGUGACAGUUCUGCCUCUUUGGGCUCUCUGACACCCACCAAACAUUUGUGUCAGUCCCCGGCAAGACAAUCCCCUGUCAGGCAGUCCCCAGUUAGGAACCUGUCCAAUACUUCUAACACCUCAAACAGUUCAAAUGCUAGUACUUGCAGCACAGGCUUUGUGCCAUUGAAAAACUUCACAUCUAAUCCACCAACAAAUCUUGAAAGUUCAGGGAUAUUUAGCUUCAGGGAAGCCAGGAUAGCAGCUCUAAUGCCUGAUGCUGUCACUGCUGUUGACACAUCAACAGAAAACAAUAGAGGGCAGGUAGCAUCAAAAAAUAAACACAAAGUAGAUGGCCCCACAAGGACUUCUCCAAGAGGAACCAAGAGGAAGAUUGAUCUUACAGGGAAUGGAUAUGCAGGUAAUGCAGAAUCCAUAGUGACAGAGCAUGUUUUGACGGGCUCAAAUACGGAUGGAGAAUCCGCCACAAAAAGGCAAAAAAGAUCUGAAACCAUCAUUCUAGACAGUGAUGAUGAAUGAUCCUUUAUAACUCACAGUGUCACAAAUAUAUAUAUUUGCAAUACAACAGAGGGUCACAUGCCAAAGAGUCCUUGUCACUCUUAACCACAAGGGCUGAAGGUAACCCCUCAGGAAAGAAAAUUCUGUUCAUUUGGUAGUCAGUCACUGGUGGUGAAAUAGAUAAAUUGACAGGGAACUAAAUAACAGGUUUUAUUAAGCAUUAGCUGUGAUGAAAAAUAAGACGUAAGCACUUAAGUUAGGAAGCUUCUUCAGCUGGGACCAUAGGUGCUAGAAUUAAAGUCCAGUAUAGUUAUUUAUGCUUGGAGACUGGAAUAUUUGUACAUACAGAGUUGCAGCUACAAUGGCAUUGAUUAAUAAUGUCAUUUUAGUGAGUGAAUUUUUUGAAGUAAUGGUUUUGUAUAGGUUAAGUUAACUCAAAUGUGAUCACAAAGCUUUCAUCCCUAUAAAAGAGACUGCAUCAUUCAUCUCCUCAUUAUUUGUUUAUGAUGAUAAUGUGCCAGCUUUUAGAAAUUAGCAUAAGAUUGUUAUGGUUUAUAAAUAUUAUCUCCCAUAGGUUUUUAUGUGGACAACAUCUUAUUCAUUUCUGGUUUUGGGUUAUUGUUAUUAUAUGAAUGAAUUUUUAUACUUCAUAUGUAAUUUGUAUAAUGGAAUGGGCGGAGUUAAUAUAGAUUAUAUGAGAAAUCACUUGACUAUUUUGAAUUAAUGCUUAUUGUAUUCAAUCACUCAUUUUUCUCCUGCUGUUGUAUUACAUGCUCUCUCUUUUAUUUUUAUCUUUUUUAAAGAAGACUAGAAAUGCUAAAAAGGUAUGUUUUCAGCUUUGCAUGAGACUGCUUUGUAUUUUUAUUGCAGUUUGGCCUUCAUAACACUUCUCAGGUUUUUGAUCUAAAACAUGGUCAACCACAGAGUAAGAUUGUCAUUACCUGGUGUCAAGUUUUUUUUCCUUUGAAUCUGUACAUACUGUGACCUGAACCUAGUAUGGCCAGUAUGUAAGCAUUAACAGUAAAUUUCUCUCUCCUCCUUUGCAGCAAUCUGUUUCAUUUUUAGUUGUUUUUUUUUACAUAAAUGACACAACAUCUAACUUUCUUUUCCUGUUUUUAGGGUUAUGAGCAGCCUUAUAAAAGAUUGAUUUUUCACUUCAUGAUGUUGAUACUUGAUUGCAAUCUGCUCAUCCUACAGGUGUCUUUAUUUGGGACUACUGUUCACUGCAGUGGCUGCUAUGCUUUGGAUAACAAUAAAAGAUAACAAAGCAGAGUGCUGCAAUCAGGACAUCUUCCUGAAGCCAAAACUAUAUAUUCUUUUUCAGUCUGACUGAAAUUUUGGUUUUAAGGCUUUGGCUCAGUUAGAGUGACAUUGUAGCAGCUAGUCAAAUGUUAGCUACAUAAAUAUUAGAUAGAUCUAGGGAUUAUUUUCAGUUGCUGAAAGACAUGUUUUAAAAACAAUUUUUCAUCAUCUAGUUUUAACAAAUUGGUUUUAUUUUCUGUGUUUCUAAUUUAAUUUAAUGGAGUUGAGAAAAGAAGAUAUGUUACCUCAUAGGCAAGACCUAGAUGUGUCACAUAUCAAAUAAUAAGAUAUUUCUUUAAUUUGUUUUAGCUUUUAAAAAGCUUCAUAUUUCAUUUACCUGUUAGCUUAUUGAGUAGUCAAGUGGGGUAGUUGUCUGACUAGUUUGAUUGGAGCUGAGGCUUUAGUUUUGAUUAUGUAAAAUUUCAAAACUGUGAUUAAUGGGAUAUUUCAUGCCAGGUUUUCAUUAUUAAAACCACUAAAACUGUUCAGUAUUUAAUAUUUCUUGAUGGAUAUUGACCAAAAAAUCACUUAUUUUUCAUUUUACUUGCAGAAAGUGUGAAAUGAGUAGUUUAGGCAUUGGUUUCAGUUCUCUCUAUUCGCUAUAGCCCAGACAAGAUUUUAUGUCGCAAAGGUUUUUUUCUUAUUAUUAUUGUGUGAAAGUCUUUUAUAUGCUGUUAUAAUGUACAUAGAUUAGGUAGAUCAAUUAGUCCACUGGGCUGAUCAACAUUGUGCUGUGUGCAUAUUAUUGUUAAAGAGAAUUUCAGCAUGGUAAAUACAUGGAACAGAUUUAUGAAGUAGAUUGUGUUAUACAUACCAUAUUACACUGUUGAUACAUGAUUAUGUAUAUUUAUAGAUAUAGAGGUUUAUCUAGAGAAUGUAUUUGGGUAACUGUAAAUAGAAAAAUGUGGAGUGUGAAUGGAUCAGGGUUAUAGAGUUGAGGUCAUUGCUUGUUCCUUCCCCCUCCCUCCUCCCAGAACCCCUCCAUAAGGAGUAUUGUUUUUGUUCUUAAAAAGAGGAAGGAGCGGAAUGGGGCAUUUCCUCGCUCUCUCUCUCUUUUAAAUCCCAGUAUAGUGAGUUUUGAGUGACUAUUUUAUUAGAUGUAAUUUUUUAACAUGUAUUUAAAAGUGUGUGAUUACUAUUAUCACUUGUAUGUGCAAUAAGGAUGAGGAAUGGAGGUCAUAUUUUGCUUGCUUUAAUUAUUUUGUGUCCUGGUUUGUGGUAACAUUAGGUGAAGAACAAAGAAAAUUGGUGACUUUAAGGCAGUUUAAUUUCUUCAAAAUAUGGAUAUUGGUUGUUUUAUUACUUCCUUUAUGCUUUUGUGUGCAAUAUUGUGUUUGCUUCAAAAUAGUUUGUGAAAUGCUAACACUUGAGAAAUUUAUUUAAUUUGUUUCAAAUCCCAGCUAAUAUCAUAAUGAAAGGGACCUCAUGAAAUAUUUUUCUUGAAAAAUAAUUCAGCUAUACAUAUGUAUUUCACAGACAAGUAAAAGGGUGGUAUGUGCAGUCUAUACAAUUUCACCUAAGGCAAAAUUGUGAAGUCUGUAUCAGAAAAUCGGUUAUAUUACGAAAAAGAAAAAAAAGAGAGACGUACCUUUGAGACAUAUGUGCAGGGUAUUUAAAAAGAAAAUGAAAUUAUGAUUACAGUGAAAGUCACAUAUACUGCUUUACAUAAGUGAUGAGAAAAAUACUUGGUAAUUAGCAAAGAUGUUAGUCUUAAAAGUUCAUGAAAUGCCAUUUUUUCCCUUUGCCAUCCUAAAAAUGGUUAUUAUUACUCAGCAGGAUUUUGUCAAGAUUGAAGAAAAGAUUGAAAACAAUUUGGAGUGCAAGCCUAUUGUUACCUAGAUCAGGCAGUUUCAUGCAAUUUCUGUUUCACUAUCCUUUUGAUAUCGAAAGUCUUGAAA